AUGCGAGAAAAAACAAGGUGUAGAAUUGAACUACAUAAACGUGUACUGCAUGCAUUCAAUCACCUCCAUGAUGUAUGGAGUGAGCAGUGCAAUGGUAGUGUUCCUCUCAUUACCAAGCUGGACGAAGAGGACGCUGUAGAACUUAUCGCACUUCAAUCGCAACAUCUUGGUGCAUCGCAUUUUCGUAUGAAAGUCUGGUUUCAAGCCGAAAAUUGGCUAUGCGUUAAGAAUUGUCUACUGGACACGAUUAUGACCGCAUUGAUGACUAAGCCGUUCACGGUUUGUGGAAAAUCGAUAACAAUGAGCGAGAAGAAAAGUAGGGAAAUAUGGUACAAAGUUAUCCAGUUCGUUAUACAAAACAUGAAAAAGGGAUUUCUCGCCGUAAGUUUGCAAUUUAGACUCCAUUUUUUUCUUUCACUUGACUUUAAAAAUGUUUAUUCAUUUAAUACUUCCAAGAGCAUAAGGUAG